AUGGCGGGCGCAGAGGACAAGCCGGUGUUGUCGAAUAACAUCCCUCGCGAGGCGUUGCUGAUAACGAUUUGGGUGUUCUUCACGGUCACCACAAUGCUUCUCAUCGCUCGCUACGCGAUCCGACUAUGGCUCCAUCGACAACUCUUCUGGGACGACGUCUUUGCUGGCAUCGCUUAUGUCCUUCUUUUGGGUCAUAAUAUAGCUGCCACGCUGGUUGCUCCCGCCAUUUACCUGAUGAUCAGUACAUAUUUCGGGGUGCCGAAACCGCCUGAUUUCCUGGACCAGGUCACGUACCUGGUGAAGUUAAUGUUUUCCGCCAAUAUUCUCUUCGUCCUCUGUCUCUAUUCGGUCAAGGCAAGCCUUCUGGCGCUGCUCUGGAGACUUGUCAAAAAUCUACCACGGUUCCGUAAAGCAUGGUGGGCCAUUGCCGCCAUUACAGCCAUUGGACUGGUGGUCACGAUAAUCCUGGCCCCCGUUGCAUGCUCAGACCUACGGGCCUUUGGAUGCACCGCGCCGGAUGAUAUUGAGCGAGAUUUGAUUACUGUUCGAUUCACUGCCGCGUCCGAUAUCCUGACUGAUCUCUUACUCAUGAGCCUCCCUGUCGCGUUCAUCCUUACUUCCUACCUUCCGUUGCCACAAAAGCUCGGUCUGGUUGGGCUGUUUGCUCUCGGUUUCACCGUCAUCGCGAUGUCUAUUCUUCGGAUCGUCGUGAACGACAACACCUCCAAGCAUCCGCCGCCAUCGUGGCUCAUUUUCUGGAGCUCCAUGGAAAGCGCCGUCGCGGUGAUGACAUCGUGCUUUGCCUCCUUCAAGUCACUAUUCACUCUUCGCAAACGGCCCUCUGCAUACGCGAGAACGUCGUCGUACCUCCAGUCUAAAAAUAAGUCUGGACCUCUGGACGCAAGUAUCGCGCUGCGGUCACGAAUUAGAAACGAGCGAUCGCCCGCAACUACGAAAACAGACAUGAACACGGUUGUCAUUUCCAGCGAGAGUGAAGCCAAUAAGUGGAACGAUAGUGAUUCAAGGGAAGAAAUCCUACAGAGAACCGAAUUCGAGGUGCGAUACGAACGCGCGUCUACACCCGGGAAGUCCAUGGCAACGACGACCGGAUAA